CUGGUGCUGUCAGGUGGUAACGUGAUGGUGACCGCCCGGUGAGAAGAGUCAGGCUGUAGAACAUGUUAUGGCAUCUUGGUUAUGACUGGCAAUCGUCUGAUGAUGAAGCAUUUUUAAUUCACGCGUUCUGAAAAAAAGUCUCUUUAGGCAAGGUAAGAACUUGUCAGGGAAACGGUCUGCUUGUUCUUUGUGCGCCAGUGCGCAGAGACGCACGCGCCACUCACACGCGGGCGGGCGAGACGCAGAGGCACAGCUCUCACAUCCUCCGAGCGCCCGAUGACUUAAUUUGUCGCACAGUUUUCGUGCGCUCGUACUUCUCGAAUUAUUGCGCUCUGUUCGCACCUGGAUCCCCGCAAUGGAGUUUUCCACUCUUCUCCCGGACUAUUUCUACUCGGUCUCAGUAACUCCUUUCAAUGUUACGCGCUCUGAGGAUCUGCUUUCCAUUCCUGGCAACGAGACCAACAAGGACAGAAGACUUGUCAUCCACGUUUGCAUCACGGCUCUCUACUCUCUCGUCUGCGUGGUGGGACUGGUGGGAAACGUGCUUGUAAUGUACGGGGUGGUCAGGUACACGAAGAUGAAGACAGCCACAAACAUUUACAUCUUCAACUUGGCUCUGGCCGACGCUCUCGCCACCAGCACCCUUCCUUUCCAGAGUGCCAAGUACCUGAUGAGCACGUGGCCGUUUGGGGAGCUCCUGUGUAAAGUGGUGAUAGCCAUUGACUACUACAACAUGUUCACCAGCAUCUUCACGCUCACCAUGAUGAGCGUGGAUCGCUACAUCGCUGUGUGUCAUCCGGUCAAGGCCCUGGACUUCCGCACGCCCGCCAAAGCCAAGCUUAUCAACGUCGCCAUCUGGAUCCUCUCCUCUGCUAUCGGAGUCCCCGUGAUGAUCAUGGCUGUUACCAAGGUGACAGAAGAAGGAGUCAUUUUGUGCUCUCUUGGAUUUCCUGAACCGGAAAGGUACUGGGACACGGUGACAAAAAUCUGUGUAUUCAUUUUUGCCUUCGUGGUGCCCGUCCUGGUCAUCACCGUUUGCUAUGGGCUGAUGAUCCUGCGUCUUAAGAGUGUCCGUCUGCUUUCUGGCUCCAAAGAGAAGGACAAGAACCUGCGGCGGAUCACCCGGAUGGUCCUGGUUGUCGUGGCGGUUUUCAUAAUCUGCUGGACUCCCAUUCACAUCUUCGUCAUUGUCAAGACCGCUGUGAAAAUUGACCGCAAGAAUCUCCUGACCAUGGCCUGCUGGCAUAUUUGCAUAGCUCUGGGCUACACCAACAGCAGUCUGAACCCUGUGCUGUAUGCCUUGAUGGAUGAGAACUUCAAAAGGUGCUUCAGGGAUUUCUGCCUGCCCUAUCGCUCCCGCCCGGAGCAGAGCAGCUUCUCCAGAGUCCGCAACAGCACGCGGGAGCCCGCGUCCGUUUGUGCCCCUGCGCCGACAGCGAAGCCGCCCGCCUGACUAGGUAUGGAUCAGCUGGGUGGGAGAGCAGUGCAUGAUGACCUCCAGACUGAAGUCACGCAGUUCUCCACCACAGGAGUCUGAAUUUAAA